UUGCCAUCCCCCCAUCCACAUCAUUCUCCUCUCAAGAACUGCGACUCCCAACCCUCCCCUGAUCUAAAGGCUUCCUUCUUAUAAGGUUGUAUAGUUCCUUUCUCAAAGGAUCUUUUCUUCGUGGAAAUCCAUCCAUCGCUCUCGCGCUUCUUGGUUUCUGCGAGUGCUUCUUCUGCUCUGCACUCGAAAUCGGGCGUUUCUUGAGCUCUCUCAAAGCCAUGGAAUCGAGCUGUGUCACCGCAUCAAAUGGAGCGAUCAACGGGGCCGUUGACGUUUUGGAGAAGAAGGAACCGGAUCUUGAAGCAUCGACACCCGCAAGCGGGAGUGGCAGAAAGAGUGGUGGAUCGAAAGAUAUUGGAAAUUCAAUUCUGAAAUCUAUCAAUAAAUCCACACUACAAAUUAAGAAGCCCACCCAUCGACGAAGUGCUUCUCCACUGAAUUGGUUUCCACGGAAAAAGACAGACUCUUACUUAAAGAGAAAAAUAAGGCAUCUGCAGGAGGUUGGAGGGAUGAAUCUUUCUCUUGAUGAAACUCUAGGAAAUGCCAACCCUCAUUAUACUAGGAUGGCAAGGGAAAAGAUUGCAGCAAGAGAGGCAGCAAGAAAAGCUAUGGAAGCUCGUAAAGCUGCAAUGGUUGAAGCCUCUUGGUGCCGAAUACUUCAAGCAUCAAGGAUCCAAAGCAAAGAAGCAGCAGCUGACCUGGAGAAAGCACAGAAAUCUGCAGCAGAGGCUUUUGAAGCAGCGAGAGCUAUGGGAGUAAUGAUGUAUGAUAGACCUGAUUGUCCAAGGCGACCAUGUGAAAUAGAAACAUCUUCUGCAUCCAUUGGAGGAAGAUCCACUCACACAGUCACUGCUUCUUUUGAAACUGCUUUUGAGGUAGAUAAAGAAGUUGCUGCAGCAGUUAAGAAAGCAUUUAUACUUCUUGCAAAUAGUCCCUCUUCCUCAAACAAAGAAGAAUUUAGAGAUUUGCUGCGUAAAAUCAGUCAGAAUCCUGACACUGAUGAUACUUUGGAGGAAUUAUCAGGGACAUCUUCAGAAUGUGAACCUGAUCCUGCAAGCAAUGCAGUCAGGAAACAGGAGAGAGAAACAAAAGAAAGAGAGCAGAAAAACAGUCUAUUUCCAGCCGAUCGCAGUUGCAGCACUAAGUCAAACAUGGAGCUUGUUGAUGUGAUGCUUGACAGGCUUAAAGGUUUGCAAGAAGAUGAGCUUUCUUCUCUUGCUGUUAUUGUUGCCACUUGUGGCCUGAAUGCUGCACUUCUUGAAGUGGAAACUGGCAAGGAGCAUGAUCUUGAGUCAGUUAGCAAUUACACAAUGGGUUCUAUGGAUGAACAUUUGAAAAAGAAAGAAACUGUGGCAGAAGUACCCAGUCUCGACAAGUUUUUGGUGAAGCAUUUCUCUCGGCUUGAAAGAGAAGUUGAAGAAGCACGAAAUUUAAAGAACAGCAAAUUGGCAUCAGAAAAUCUGAAAGCUUCAGGAAGACCUGACACACAAGUUGCUAAUGGUGUUGCAACAUCCGCAGAGUCCACCUUGGACCUUGGAAGUAUACUUGUAAAGCAUGUCUCAAGACUAGAAAGGGAGAUCCAGGAAGCCAAGAGGAACUCUCACAAGAACAUUCCAUCAUCAGAAGAUGGGAAAACUAUGGAACUCAAUGUCGAAAACGAAGUUAACAAUGAAGAUGGAACAUCUAAAUCUAAUAAGAUUGCUGCACCGUCAUCAGGGUCCACCCCCGAUUUGGGCGGAAACUAUUCUUCAGACCAUGAAAAGGAGAUCACAUCACUUGAGAAAGAAUGCAAACAGUUGAGAACUUCUCAAGGUCUGAAUGAGGAGAAAGAAAAUAUAGACUCUAACAUGCUUAUGCCAUCUUCCUGCACUGUUGAAAGAGCUAAAUUGGAGGUAUUGAAAGAAACAAAGGAACACCUGGGCCUCGAUAAAAUAUUAGUCAAGCCAGUUCACAGGUUGGAGAAGGAGAAAAUGCAAGCCUUACAACAUGGAGCUGACAAUGUGAUGCCAAGAAGCCAGAGGAAGCAAGGAGCUGAGAUGACAGCAUUGGAGAGUUUAGAUAAGGUAUUAGUAAAGCAUGUUUCAAGACUUGAGAAGGAAAAGUUAGCCGUUGGAACAAAGGAAGAGAUGAUGACAGUGAAAAAAAGUGAUCCACAGUCUAAAGAAUGUGUGGAGAGUUUGGAUGGAAUUUUGGUCAAGCAUCAAUCAAAACUUGAGAAGGCCAAGUUAGCUGCCUCUCAACAAUCAGCAUAUUAUAUCAAGCAUGUGGAUGCUCGUCGAGAAGCAAGGGAAAGGGAGUUGCAAGAAGCAUGGGGAGGCCUGAGCUUGGGAAAUUCUAUACGACCACACCUCUCGAGGCUUGAGCGAGAGAAGGCUGCUUGGAGGAAAGCUGAGGAGGAAGAGCGAAGGCGAGAAAUGCCGCUAUGAAGUAAACCUAAGAUUCUUUUCCUUGCUGAUGUUUUUCUGAAUUUCCUUAAAGACAUGCGUAUAUUCAUUUUCCUAUCUGACGUACCAUUCUUUGUUGCUUGAUGGAGCUUAUAAUGUUGAAUAGGCCCAUAGAAAUAUUCGUAUAGGUCAGUUUAAUUUACACUCAUGUGAAGCAGCAAUUCUUGGUUAAUGAGAAAAGAAACUGAGUUA